AUGGCAAAAACCUUGAAGGAUCUGCAUGGCUGGGAAGUAAUCACAACAGAUGAAAAUGGUAAUAUUAUCAAUCAAAAUGGUGGUAGAAGAUCUCGUAAACGAGGCUCUGCUGAAUUAACGUUUUUGCUACAAAUUUCAGAUGGUACAAAAAUUGGCAGAGGUGAUACUGUUAUCAUGAAUGACGCGCAAACAAACACGUAUUCAGUAUACUUAAUUCAUGAGAUACGACUCAAUACUUUGAAUAAUGUGGUUGAACUAUGGGCAUUUUCAUAUUUGCGGUGGUUUGAGUUGAAACCAUUAUUAUAUUAUGCAAAAUUUGAACCAGAAUUGGCUAAAGAAUCCCAUCCAUUGGAUUUCUAUAAGGAGAAAUUUCUGAGUGAUGUUGAUAAAGACGAGAUAUAUCUUACUGCUGAAAUUUCCGAAAUAUGGCUGAACGAUUUUGUUGCAGUAGCUAACAUCAUGGACUACUCACAAUGGGAAUCAAUGUCUAGAGAGAAAGUACCGGAUAAAGACUUUUACGUGCGAUACAUGUGCGAACCAACGGCAGAUAAUUUUGUACCAAUAGAUAUUACAAAUGAGAGGAGAGUUUUGCUCAAAUAUGAUCCAAAAGAGUACGAAGAACACUUGAAGAAAAUAUCAGUUCCAACAACAACGUCACACAGUCGUUCAGCGAAGUUGAAAAAGCCGGUCUUCAAAGGAGAACCUACCGACAAAACGUCUCGCAAAGCAAGUGUCAGAGAUAUCAAAAUCGAGUUCGAUACGGAUAAUGAGUCAGGAUCCAAAGGCGAAUCUGAUUCGAGUUCAGAAACACGAGAGGAAUCAGACGAAGAUGUCAUUGUUCAUAAAGGAAGAACACGAGGCAAAAAAUUGCAGAGCAAAAGUGAAGAUGGAAUAGGAAGUGGGGGGCGAACUCAAAGUAAUGAUUAUGUGAGUGGAGAUCUUACAGACACUGAAAGCGAGUCAUCAUCAUCGCCUCCUUCCGACGCUUAUUCCGAUGCCCAAGAUACCUUUCGAUCGAGCCCAAUCAAAUCUUCUGCUCGGAUAGCUAACGUGCCGACAAAAAACACAAGUCCAGUUUCAGAAUCGCCUGGAAAUGAUACAAGUGAUAGUGCAAGUGAAGAAGAGAUUCACGAACUACGGGAAGAAAUAAAUGAAGAGGAAAAUGGAGACGGCCAGUCUCAUAUUUCUAAUGAAAGCUCAGAGGAGGAUGAUAUUGUUGAUUCGGAACAAGAAAUUGACGAAGAAAUCGAAAGCAAGCCUAAACGGCACAGACUAAAAAGAUCAAGGGAGCUUAAGGAAAAAAAGGCUCGUAAGGUUCUCAAAUCAUCUACACCCUCAUCUAAGGCAGGCAAUGGUAGCUCCUUAGUUCGCAAGUUUACAAAGAAAAAUAUCGCUAGGGCCAAAAAGAAAUAUACGCCAUUUUCGAAAAGAUUCGGUUCAAUCAAUGAUAUUCCAGAUUUAACUGAACUUGCUGAAUUCAAUCAAUCCUCUAAUGAUAUAGAUGUUGCAGCCCUAGAGAACAAGCUUCGAUCUUCCGAAGAGACACAAAUAGUGGAAACAAUAUUUUCCAAGAUUAAGAAACAAUUGUACUCUUCUCACAAUAAAGAUGAAAUUUUGAAAUCGGGAAGCUUUCAAGAUUACUUACCGGCAAGAGAAAACGAGUUUGCUUCCAUAUAUUUGAGUUUAUACAGUGCAAUUGAAAGUGGUUCUGCCACAACAGUAUAUAUUGCAGGCACACCAGGCGUAGGCAAAACUCUAACAGUGAGAGAGGUGAUCAAAGAGCUGCAAAGAUCGUCAGAUCAAAAGGAAUUACCGCUGUUUCAGUACGUUGAGAUUAAUGGAUUGAAGAUGGUGAAACCUACUGAUAGUUAUGAAGUUUUAUGGAACAAGAUUAUGGGUGAAAGUCUUACAUGGGGCGCGGCAAUGGAAUCCUUAGAAUUCUUUUUCAAAAAGGUGCCUAAAAACAAAAAAAGGCCAGUUGUAGUAUUACUGGAUGAAUUGGAUGCUCUUGUAACUAAAACGCAGGAUAUAAUGUACAAUUUUUUCAAUUGGACAACUUAUGAAAAUGCUAAAUUAGUCGUCAUAGCAGUUGCUAACACGAUGGACUUACCUGAGCGUCAAUUGGGUACAAAAGUUUCUUCAAGGAUUGGUUUUACAAGAAUUAUGUUCACCGGCUACGACUAUGAAUCAUUGAAGGAAAUUAUUCAUUUUCGCUUGAAGGGGUUAAAUAACUCUUUCUUUUACGAGAAUACCAAAACGGGUACAGCAUACAUUAUUGAUUCUGAUGAUGAAAAAGAUAAUGAGUUACCACCUUAUAUUAAAAAAGUUCAAUUGACAAUGAGUGAUGAUGCUAUAGAAAUAGCAUCCAGGAAGGUAGCUAGUGUGAGCGGUGAUGCAAGAAGAGCGUUGAAAGUGUGUAAAAGAGCUGCUGAAAUUGCUGAGCAACAUUAUAUGGCAAGAUAUGGUUAUUCAUAUGAUGGAAAAACAUUGGAAAAACAUUAUGACACUUCGGAAAGCACGGAUGAGGAAGAUGCGAAUGAUAGUGAAAGAAUACAAACAGUUCAUAUAUCACAUAUUAUGAAAGCUUUGAAUGAAACAAUCAACUCGCAAACGACAAGAUUUAUUAGUAAACUAUCGUUUACUGGCAAGCUGUUUUUGUUUGCACUUUUGAACUUGAUGAAAAAAAGUGGCCUACAGGAGCAACGAUUAGGCGACAUUAUUGAUGAAAUAAAAUCAUUGAUUGAAAUGAAUGCAAAGAAUAGAUUUGUUCUUGAAAUAAGUAAUACAUUAUUCCAAAAGGAUACGUUAUUAACUACCGAACAAUUAAGAAUUGUUUCAUGGGAUUUUGUAAUCAAUCAAUUGAUCGAUGCAGGAAUUAUAAUCAAACAAAGUCUCAAAAACGAAAAAAUUAGCUGCGUCAAAUUAUGUAUAUCCGCUGAAGAUGUCAAGAAAGCAUUAGAAUUAGAUGAUGAGCUGAAGAAUUUAUAA